AUGACGCCGGGUCUACGAUUUUCUCGAGGUACGCAUUUUCCAGUCAGCUCUGGUCUUUACUUCGUGCUGCCCGAACUCGAGUCCCGGUGUUCCGUUGAGUCAUCGAAAUCGAGCUCUCCGAUUUCGACCGAGAAAUUCCGGUCAAUUACGAGAGCAUAUUACAGAGACGCCGCAGGAACUUUGCUUGUUUACGAUGUGACUAAAAGGCACACUUUCGAGUGGCUGUCGAGUUGGCUUGAAGAUAUACGGCAACAAGGCGACACGACAGUAAUAGUGGUGGGGAACAAGUGUGAAGCCGAAGAAAAUAUUAGGGCUGUUAGUGCAGAGGAAGGCGAGGAAAUUCGCGAAGAGUAA